UUUCUUAUAGAGGAAGAAGUGCUGGAUAAGGCAGAGAUCUGGGCACAGAAGUACCUAUAUGCUCACCCUUUCUGGUUCGGCAGUUUCUCAGCAGUCCUGGUUAUCACCGAUCCCGACUAUGCCAAGGCUGUGUUGGCCAGAGGAGAUCCCAAGGAUAACAUCAGCUAUAAACACCUCGUCCCGUGGAUCGGGAACGGGUUACUGAUCUUACACGGGCCAAAAUGGCACCACCAUCGAAAACUCCUGACUCCAGGGUUUCAUUAUGAUGUCUUGAAACCGUACGUGGCCCUGAUGGCAGAGUCUACUAACGUGAUGCUGGAUAAAUGGGAACAGCUGAUGACAGACAGGAAACCAGUGGAGCUUUUUGAGCAUGUCAGCUUGAUGACUCUCGAUAGCAUCAUGAAAUGUGCCUUCAGUUAUCACAGCAACUGCCAGACCAACGGGAAAAACACCUACAUCCAGGCUGUCUACAACCUAUGCCACAUGGUGGACCAGCGCCUCCGCAUCUUCCCCUAUCACAGCGACGUCAUUUACUGGCUCAGCCCCCAUGGAUAUCGGUUCAGGAAGGCCUGCCAGCUCGCUCAUGACCACACAGACAAGGUGAUCCGCGAGCGAAAAGAGUCCCUUAAAGAUGAACAGGAGUUUGAAAAGAUCCAGAAGAAGAGACAUUUGGACUUCCUGGACAUUCUGCUGUGUGCCAGAGAUGAGAAUGGAGCUGGACUGUCCGAUGAGGACCUGCGUGCUGAGGUGGACACAUUCAUGUUUGAGGGCCAUGACACAACAGCCAGCGGGAUCUCCUGGCUCUUGUACUGCCUGGCAUCACACCCCGAGCACCAGGCACGGUGCCGGGAGGAGAUCCAGGAGAUCCUGGGGGACCGGAAGACACUUCAGUGGGAGGACCUCAGCAAGAUGACCUACAGCACCAUGUGCAUCAAGGAGAGCCUUCGCCUUUACCCACCAGUGCCUGGUGUGUCCCGGCAGCUCAGCAAACCCAUCACCUUCCCCGAUGGACGCACUUUGCCAGAAGGUGGCAUCGCUGCAGUAAGCAUUUAUCUCAUUCACAGAAACCCUGCGGUAUGGAAGGACCCUUCGGUGUUUGACCCUUCGCGGUUUUCCCCGGAGAACGUCUCUGGCAGGCACUCUCACGCCUUCCUGCCUUUUUCUGCUGGAAUGAGGAACUGCAUCGGACAGCAGUUUGCCAUGAACGAGAUGAAGGUGGCCCUGGCCCUGACCCUGCUUCGCUUUGAGCUCUCGCCCGACCCUGCCAAUCCUCCCUACAAAAUAACUCAGCUCAUUCUUCGCUCCAAGAACGGGAUUCACCUCUAUCUAAAGAAAAUCCGCUGA